GCAAGUCACUUGACUUACUUAACUGUCAAAUGUGGAGGUAGUUAAACUAAAUUGAAUGAAGGACGACGAUGACAAGGUUAGACUUCACUCACACUGCAUUCAACACUGAGAGCUCGUCUGAUACAAGCACAUCGCAUCACUUACAGAUGGAGACAGUGUUGUUGUUGUUGGUGACCAUCCUCACCAUGGUCUAUCUGUGGUUCAAACACAAGUACAGCUACUGGAGCAGUCGAGGACUAACUCAACCACCAACUGUUCUCGGUUGUGGCAACAUCGUCGACUCUCUUCUCAUGAGGAAAAACAUCGGUCUUGUCUAUGAUCAGAUUUACAGAGACUAUCCGGACUGUGAGGCGGUUGGAGUAUACGGCAUCUACACACCUAGUCUGCUGGUCCGCUGCCCGCAGCUAAUUCAGAAAGUCAUGGCCAGUAACUUUUCUAAUUUCCAUGACAACGAGUUUACCGUCUCCAAAAAACUUGACCCUUACUUCCAUGAAGAUCCAUUCUGCCUCAAAGGAGAGGAAUGGAAACAAAAUCGAGCCAAGAUUGCAUCAACAAUGACUUCAAGCAGGACUAAAGAGAUUUUCCCUCUCAUGAAAGAAGUCGUUUCUCGAUUAGAGGCUUAUCUUCAGAAACACUGUGGGGAAGAUAUAGAGGCAAAGGAUUUGGCAACACUGUUUACUAUGGACAAUGUAUCGAAUACAGCACUUGGUAUCAACAGCGACUGCUUCUCUGACCCCAAUGCUGUCUUCCGCAAGGUUUGCAUCAUGCUCACUAAGGAACAAUUACAGGUCUGGUGGAAGACAACUAUUCUACUUCUCAUGCCGAGACUUCGAAACUUUAUCAGAAUGAGGUUUGUUCCACCUGUAGUCAAUGAUUAUGUAGAAUCAGUUGUGCAAGAUAUGGUCCAAUACAGGCGGAAAAACAAUGUAAACAGAAAUGAUUUGUUUCAAUACUUCAUGAAGAAAUCAGGGGAUGAUUAUAAAGAAUUAAUGUUCUAUGCAAUGACAUUUUUCCUGGAAGCAUUUGAAACAUCAUCAAUAGUUGCAAGUUAUACCUUGUUAGAGUUAGCCAUUAACUCUCAUGUACAAGACCGACUGUUCGAGGAACUUCACGGAGCUUUUGGCGAUAAGGAAGAUAUCGACUAUGAUACUCUCAACAAUUUGUCGUAUCUGGAUAAAGUUCUUCUAGAGAGUCAAAGAAAGUAUCCAGCUGUAUAUCACAUGAUUCGUGAAUGUACAAAAACAAUUGAUCUUGAUAUUAACGGAAAAACACUGACAGUGGAAACAGGCACUCCGGUAAUAAUUCCUGUGUUGUCCCUACAUCGUGAUGCCAAGUACUAUCCGGAACCGGAUGUGUUUGACCCGGAGAGGUUCAGUGACGAAGUGAAACAGACGAGACCCCAGUACACGUACAUGCCGUUUGGAGAGGGGCCAAGAAUUUGUCCUGGUAUACGGUUUGGGAUGGUACAGAUAAAGCUGUUUAUUGCCCACGUUGUGUACAACUACAGGAUACUACGCUGCGAGAAAACACCCGAGAAGUUGACUUUCGCAACGGGAGCUUUCUUGGCGAUCCCUAAUGAACAGGAGUGGAUUCGAAUUGAAAAGAGGAAACGUGAUGUAAUGAAAUAAACACAAUUAGUUUAGUUUCAAAAAUGGUAUAUUGGUUAUGAUUGGAAUACUAUGAUAACUGGUGCCAAUAUCAAACUAUUUGUUUAAAUGAUGUAACAUUUAAUAAUGUGAUUUGACAAAACAAGGAUGAAAACUGUGUUUGCAGUUAUGAAUGUGGUUCCUCUUGGGAUUGUAUCUUUUGAAAAUAAUUUGUAACAUUUAUCAAAUUCGGCAGAGAAGUCAAUUCCGUUCAACAAUGAGAUUUUGUUUCAGCAACAUCUUAUUCCUUUUUGUGUUUGGGGACUUUUAUUUCUGGUAAUUAGUAAACGGAAAGAACUUUGCACAAUGUUUUGAUCAAAUUAACUGAUUAAAGAUGGACUGUCCGCCCCAACUAUAAUCGAUUCCUUCAGUUUUAUUUGACAUGUGCGAGAUGUAGGGGUUCCAUAUAUUUUCCACUGAUAGUGCCCUCUUGGUACGACUGAAAUAAUUGGAAAUCGAUAUUAAAACACAUGCAUGAUUUAAACUAGUAAAAAUAAAUAAUAAUAUCGAAUACGAGUUAAAAUGUGUUUACCCAAGAGAUGGAACUAAAUGAAUGCCACAUUCAUUCCAACUAGUACUGCUUUCUCCCUGACUUUGCAAGAUAUUUGAGAUCAUAUGUUUACAGUAGACCUGUAAGAAAUAAGGAAUAUACUUACAGAGUAAUUUUGUAAUGUUUAAAAAUGCUUCAUGGUGAUAAUCAUCCAACACGUUCAUUUCUUAAUAUUGACCGGUAUACUGUAUUACCCAAAAUAGGCUAUAGAAGAUUUAUAAUUAAGUUAUAAUAAUUUCAUUAUAAGGAAAUGUAGUAAAUAUUUAAUUAAAUGGCCCAAAACUAUUAAGUUAAUCUGAUUGUGUACUGUAUCUUUUAAUGAGAAGUUUCAGUCGUUGAUACGGCAGUGUCACUAUUCAUGUAGGUUUAUUUCCUAGGUAAGUUUAUUUGAAAAUGAUGUGCUAUUAUUGCUAACAUUAUAAAUAUGUUUUAUUAUUG